CUUUCACUAGCCAGUGCGAUCAGUGCCAGCCAAACGGGCGACAAAGCGGGCCAAAUCAGUGGAAUACAGUGGAUAAGCGGCAGAGACUCCUUGCGAAAUGAAAGUGCUCAUACUUCUUGCGCUGUUGGCCAUUUCCUGCCAAGGACAACACCACCAUCAGCACCAGCACCAAAAUGUGAACAACAUACCACGCGACGACAAACCAGACCAUCAUCGCCAUGAAGACCUCAGAGAGACCAGCACCUGGAUACCCAUAAUCAAGUACAAUAAGGAGCAGAGUGACGAUGGCAGCUACAAGACGGAAUACGAGACGGGCAAUAGCAUCAUUCAUGAGGAAACCGGUUUCCUCAAGGACUUCGACACCAAUCCAAAUGGAGUGUUGGUGCAGCAUGGCCAGUACUCCUACCAGUCUCCGGAGGGAACUCUCGUGAAUGUGCAGUACACGGCCGACGAGAAUGGAUUCAGGGCCACUGGCGAUCACAUUCCCACUCCGCCGGCCAUUCCCGAGGAGAUACAGAAGGGAUUGGACCAGAUCUAUGCCGGCAUUAAGCUGCAGCAGGAGCGUCUGGAGCAGCGGGCUAAGUCGGAUCCGGACUUUGCGAGGAAACUGGAGGAGCGACGAGUGGCCAACCAGAAUGGCCAGUACAUCGGUCUGCUGGAGAACCAAUAG